AUGCAGCGGCGGCACCGGGGUCCCGGGGCCCAGGAGGCAGCGCCCAAGCGCUGUCCCCGCGCCGGCGACCCCCGACGGAGCGGCGCGCGGCUGCCCGGGCGGACGGCCCCGGGCGGCGGCGGCUCCGAGUGGUGGCAGGACCGGGACCCCGAGUCCCCGCGGCCCGCGCCGCGCCUGCCCGGGCUGCUGCUCGGGUCCCCGCGGGGGGCGCCGGGCCGGGGCGCGCUGGGGGCGCUGCUGCUGCCGCCGCUGCUGUCGGCCGGCGCGGGCGCCCCGCGCAGCCCCGAGGCCCGGCGCCCCCGCGCCCCCGCCGCCGCCGCGGGCGGGCUCCUGGAAGGACUGCUGCCCUGCAAGUUCCGGGACUUCCUGCGCCAGCUGCGCGCCAAGUGCGCCGAGCUCGAGCCCGAAGCCGAGCCCCGGCCGCACACACCCCCAGCACGACAGCCUCUCUUCAGCAAGUCCAAACACUGGCAACACCCUCAGUGCCCCAACUGCUCUUUCCUCCCAGACCUGCACGACCAGGCAUCUUACUUGCCGGACAGCAAGGAGACUUUGUUCCACCAGAAGCCUACACUGUGGUCCCCAAGAAGUGAGCACUCACAAUUCACCCCGGUCAAAACGGCCAGCCAGUUCCACAGCACGCAGGUACCCAGGGUCAAGACUGUGCUAAUUCAGACCCCAUCCAGGGAAGGCUCCAGGCCUUGCAGGCGCUAUUGCCCUUUCCGGGUGCGAUUUGCGGACGAGACUUUACAGGACUCGGCCCUGCGCUACUGGGAACGCAGCCGGGCAGUUUGCCAGAACGGCCUCCAGACCCAGCAGACCACCCUGCCAACUGGAUCGGUGUCGGAGCGGGUGCUGGGGAGCGUUGGGAAAUGGCUGGAGAGCCUACCAAGAGCCUUGCACCCCGAGGUCAAGAAAGCUGUGGGCAGUUCCUCGUGCUAUGACUACCCCUACCGGUCCGCUCAGGAGCCGAACAUGCGCCUUUCGGAGGGUGCCUCCGGGAAGAGCGCCCUGCUCUUCAUCCCCCGGGCCAGCACCCCAAGGCAUCAAGGAGGCCUCAAGACCUUCUUAGACACCUGCAACCCAAUGCAGGAGCCGGUGGACAAAUGGCCCUCCUCCUGGAGUCAGAAGUUGAGCAGUAUCCAGCAGUGGCCAAAGCAGCCCCCACAUGACUCCGGGGAGACCCUCCCUCGCUUAUUCGGUCACUAUAGGACGUUCAGUCAGGACCUGUAUGGCCCGGCCUCUCUCCAAACAGGCACAGGGCAGGCUGUUGGAACCAGCCCCAGCAGCAAGAAACUGUAGGCUGGGGGUAGGCUGCACUGUUUCCAGGGCUGAAGAAUUGGGGGCUGGGGGAUCUCUGCCUGUUGCUCCCUAGGGAUGCUGGACUCCGGGAACUCAUGUUCUGCCUCAAGUCCUGGCAGUGCCCAGCUGGGCCUCCUUGUCACUCUAGGAGUCCCUUUCUGCCCAGUUUGGUGCUGCUGCAGCCUAUCCUGAAAGGAGGCAGCCCUAGGGGUUACUGAAACCCCCCCCCCCCCCCCCGGCUUCCACAACUCUGCUGCAGACCCAGAGGUCAAUGGCCACCCAAGCCCCAGUACCCAGGCCAAGCUAUGAGGAGAGCCCUCCUUCACCCCACAAAUAAAUGUGCUUCCCACGUG